CGGAGGAGUGUUCCAUGGCGAGGGAGUCGCUUUCUUUCAAGGUGGCCAUGUGUACAAGGGAAGCUUUGCAAACGGUUUAAUGCAUGGACGUGGAGAAUACACCUGGGCGGACGGUUUGAAGUAUGAGGGGGACUUCGCGUCAAAUAUUCCAAUGGGACACGGAACCUAUACGUGGCUGGACGGUAGCACCUAUGAGGGAGAGAUAUACCAUGGCCUCCGUCAUGGUGUUGGAACUCACAAAUGUGCCAAGAUGUCUACUGUGUACAAAGGGCAGUGGCACCAAGGCAAAAGGCAUGGGAAGGGUACAAUAUAUUACAACCAAGAGGUCACAUCAUGGUAUGAAGGAGAGUGGCAAAACAACCGAAGAGAAGGUUUUGGAGUACUCCGUUAUCCAUCUGGAAACGUAUAUGAAGGACAGUGGAAAAACAAUAUUCAAAAUGGAGAAGGCAGGAUGAGAUGGAUUAAUCUGGGCCAGCAGUACAGUGGGCAGUGGGUUAAUGGUGUCCAGCAUGGACAUGGGAAACACACAUGGAUCCUGAGACGAGUUUCUGGUUCUCAGUACCCCCUCAGGAACGAGUAUAAAGGAGAAUUUGUUCAAGGCAUGCGUCAUGGAAACGGAUCGUUCUUCUAUGCAAGUGGGGCAGAGUAUUCUGGGGACUGGAAACGUAACAAAAAACAUGGCCAGGGAAAAUUCAUUUUCAAGAAUGGCCACAUAUAUGAGGGGGAGUUCAUUGAUGAUCGUAUGGCUGAUGGGGGUGACUUGCCCAGCAGAGCCAAACAGUUAAGUGGUAGCACCUCAAUACUCGGGUCCGACAUGGUUUUGAACAUACAGACACUACUAAAACAAAUGCCUGAAUCAAGAAGAGACCGAGAGCUCAGACAGGUUGAAUUUGCCAUAAUGAGACAUGCUACAUUGCUGAGAGCACUAUAUAGUCUCUACAGCGGCCUUGGGCACAACCACUCUCCAGACAACACUUUCCUGCUUACUCGCCUGCAGUUCUGGCGCUUUCUUAAGGACUGCAAUGUCCACCAGCAUGGAAUAACCCUAGCACAACUAGACCGCCUAACUGAUGAGGAUAUUUCUCCAGAGGAGGUUCAUUCCCCUUUCAGUGCAAUGUUACUGAGAAAGUAUCUUAGUUGUAUUGUCAUUGCAGCAUACCAUAUUUACUACAAACACAUUGAGUGCUCUGUCAAUGUGCUUGAAGUGUGCUUCUCCAGAUUCAUGAGGCAGAACAUCAUUCCCAACGCAAAGAAUAUUAAAGGAUCUCUUUUCUGCCACCCUGUCCAUGCUGUGAUCGGCAUGAAGUACAUUGACAGAUGCUGGGAGGUAUACCAGGCUUGGUGUAAAGCCAACACUUCUGCCCUCUCUGACCAAACCAUGACUGCCAGGCACUUCAUCUGGAUGUUUAAGGAUCUUGGACUGUUUGACAGUAAGAUAACUACACUGAGAGUACUGGAGAUUCUCUCAGAGGAGAAUCCUGAAAUCUACACCACCACUCACAGCAACCUAGAUUUGGAGAUUACAUUUCUUGAGUUCUUUGAGGCUCUUCUGAGUUGUGCUGAGGUCAAGAGAAUAUGUGGAAUCAGAACUGCUCAACAGAGCCAGUGUGGGCUGGAAUACCUGGGAGAGACUGUGAGGACAUUGAGAGGUGAAAGGAGAGACAGUUCCCCCCUCAGCCAAUGGAAUUCACCACAGAAUGAAGCAAAAGUAAAACCCUCAGACACCAUUGUUUCCUCUGCAGCUGGCAGUGAUCUGGAGACUAUCAAAACUACAGCGGCAAGACAUUCAUCUCCAAGUGAAGAGGAUGGGCAAAGUCUUAAAAAUCAGGAGACCAAUCCAGUAACUAAGAUGGCGGUGUCAAAUACAACUUGGGACGAGAUGGAAUCAAACAAAGAAGCUACAAGCUGUCUGUCAGUCAUUCACACCAAAAUGAGUAGACAACCUUGUAUUAUCAGCACAGUCUCAAGUCACUGUACAGACACUGCUGAAGGAGAGCUAGAGCGUUGGAUCCACAGGACCCAUCAGUUCUUCACACAGACCUUCUUCCCAGCCCACGAACACAAUCUGCUGCUGACAAAGGAGGUGCAGGAAGAACAACUAAGACGGAUUGGAAAUCACAAAACCGCUCUAGACGGGGCCAAGGAGACAGCCAGACAGAGAGAGCAGUGGGAGGCAGAGGAAGAGACACAAAGAGGAGGAAGAGGAAAGUGACGAGAGGGGAUCGUCAUCUUCGUGAUGAAGAUCUCAACCAUUCAUCCCCUGCUCUUAUGAGCCCAGUGACCUCUUCGGCUCUGAAACAACUACCCCCC